CUCCAAUUUACCCACACACACACACACACACGCAUAUAUUUGUUUGUGCAGAUGAAAAAAUUUUAAUUCGUCCCUUCGUCGCAGAUACGUAAAUAUAUCUGUGUAUGUAUAAUGUAUAUGUAUUUGUAUUGUAAUAAAUAAACGUCCAUUAAAUAUGGCUGCUAGCGCGAAAAACGUGACUCGAUGAAAAUGAAUGGAAAUAAUCGACUCGUCUUGGCAUGUUAAAUAAUGCUUACAAUGCACCAUUGGAUGUUAGUCUUGCGUGUUCAUUCAAACUCAUUCAAUAGAUAACCUAAUAGUCAACAGAUUAUAUAGGAUAGGACACACAGAUAAUUGUCUCUGUUAAUAAUCCAAAGCUGCUAAUUAAAGAAAAUAAUAAAAUAAAAUUAUAAGUACACGAAGAGAAGAACAAUUGGAGGUGACAAUGAUUAGUGUUAUCGAUACGUUGCUUCAACGUGAAGAGGAGGACGAUAUUAUGAUGGAGUCAUCAACAGACAGCUUGAGUUUGCAAUAUCAGUUUGAAUGCAAGUAUAAUAAUUUGCUGCCUUAUACCGAGGAAUUGGACGAGGAAGCCAAGGUCCUGUUGGCAGACAUCAAAGGCCAGCUGGGUCGUGCUAUUAUGCUGAGACGUCUUCAACCUGAUUGUUAUCUGGCUAUUUUAAAAUUACGAAUGUACUUGAAGCUUUAUCACUUCCGAUUUACUAAAGAUGAUCAUAUUUUAUUUAUCAAAUUGAUGUAUGAGUUGAUAAUAAUUCCUAGUUUAGAACCGUCUCUAAUUAAUUUACUCAGCAGUACACUGACGAGUUUAAUGAGGAAGAAAGAAUUGAUUGCGCCAACCGAGCUGGAGUUGCCAUGGAGGCCGCUCUAUGACUUGAUGUUUCGUACGAUGAAGAGAAACAAAAGGUCCCAAGUGAUAUUAGGUAUGCAACGCGUACCUAUUUAUAUGGGAAAGACACUUCAUUCUUUGGUUCAUGAUGCCAAGACUUAUUUCCCCGUUACGGCCACUCAAGAAAUAUUAGACGAAUUGCGACCCAAGUUAUGUCUUGUUGACUCCCCACAAAUGGAUCAAACCUUUACAUUUUUGGAAUGUUUUCUGCCCGUUCAAAUGCUGCCGCAAGAUCAUGAUGUAGGUUACAAACUUUGGUUUGAAGAGUUCAUGAAACUCUGGGAGAUUUUUCACAAUGGCACUUCGUGGGAGCAUUCGCUGAUGAUGUUGAUGUCAAAACUCGCAUGGAAUAACAUCGGUUACAUUGAUUGGGAGCCUUAUAUACCUCUGAUGUAUACUCGCUUUAUGCGUAAUUUAAAUUUACCGGUAACAUAUAAACAAACUCUUGGUGGUAGAACUCAUGAGCUCGGUAUGCAGUCCGUUGCCGAGUGGAUUGUCGCUACUUUAGGCAAUGGAUCUAGUGGACAAGUUUACUUAGAAAAAUUAUUAAAGGCCACUGAGACUUAUUUUUAUCAAGCCAAUAGUGGACCGUGGGUUGAAAAGCUAAAAGAUUUAUUGAGCAAACUCGCCUCGCAGUUUGUUCUGCGUCUGCAUAAUGAACGUUUUGGAAAACGCACGUGGAAGCUACCAACUCCAGACACCCAUAAGUUGACAAAUGCCGAUGUUGAUGCUUUUGUUAAGUGCAUGAUGCCUGUAGCAAUGACUGCGAUGUUUGGACACUCAAGUGUCAUGAUGACAUGCAAAGUACUCCGUCUGCUGGCCACAGUGAGACCCAAUAUGGUUAUUCCCUGCGUGAUUGAACGUCUGUAUUCGACAUUAGAUUCUCUAACAGAACCGCACAAAUUGACUGCCGCAAUGAUGGCAGUCACUGCCAUUGCCCGACCGAUGGCUCAAGGAAAGAGAAACGUCAAUGAAGGAUACACUUACAAUGAGGGUCCGUCAAGAAUAAUAUCGCUUUUAUUUUCAUCCCUACCUGGUAUUGAUGCCAAUGACAUUAAAAAAUCAUACGUAACUUUUCGUUUAAUUUUUGUUUACGCGAUGGUAAUGCCAAUUACCGACUGCUCAAAAGCUGCUGCCUCAGAACUGCUCGAUGACGAUGAACGACUUGUUUGUGAAGAGACGUCACAACUUGAAGACUUUGUUCUACAGUUUUUUGACCGGGUUUUUUCACUUAUUGAAUCGAGUACUCUGGAAUACGUAUCGCAUGAGAGUCAAGAAAAUAUUGGAAUGAAGACGAGACUUGAGACAAUGGUUGAGUAUUCAUUGACGUCUGUUUGCACUGUCUUACUGCUUCGUACCAGCGACGAUAUAUUCCGAUCGGCUUUGCAUAAACUACGUGCAUUUGUAUCUGAGCGUGUUCUUGAGACACGUGUCUCUGGACCGCUGGCUGGGUCACUAUGCCAAAGUUUCGCGCGUAUAAACGGCGUUGAGACAUUGAGAUCAUUAUUGCCUACUAUUUCGCAGUCUAUACUUGAUAUUCUGGAGGAAGGUGACGUUGCCAAAGAAGAAACUGUCGAAGAUCGACUGCUGUACCCAAUGCUACUCCUGUCUAAUGUUAUCAGCACUCAGGGGAAUCAUUUAUUACCUUACAUGGAUACUUUGAUUGAUAUCCUUGAUAAAACCUUGCACUUGAAGUCUCGGGAGGGCAGCAAGAUGGCCAGUAAAAUAUUGGGAAAUUUAUUGACGUCAUUGUCAAAUAUUGCACAAACUCGCGAGUUUAGGUAUAAUGGAAAAGAUUUUAAUGAUCCUAGCUAUCCUUAUAUCUUGGAUUGGGGACAAGGCACUGACAUUAGUAGUCUUGAGAUGCACUGGUAUGUACCUGGUGAAGAAGAAAUUAGAACAAUGCAGCAUAUCUUUACGAAAUUUAUUCCUAUUGAGAUUGCUAAGAUCCAAGAGUACUGCACCAAUGAAAGUUCAAGUAUGACACGACAAGAUCUCUUGACAAGUUUGAAUAUUAUUCACUCGAUUCUCGAUGGCUGUGGCGACUAUUUACCGCCUCCAGCAGAAGAAAUAACUGAAGAAAUGGCAUCGAGUAUGUUUAUUCCGACUGUUGGAGUUAAGGGUGAAGUGAAAAUGCCUGAUGGUAGUAAUGUACGUCAGUGUAUGUCGAAAAUAAUGACAGACUUACAGGCUGCAAUGUUAAAAAAUUCAGAAGAUGAUACAAAGAGUUUAUUUUAUCUAGUUCAGAUAUGGAGCUUAUUGCUGCUUGGCAAGUGUCGCUCAAUUGAGAAACAUCGAAGACAGUGGGCCAACUGGAAGCAAAUAAAGGCUGACUUGAAAGACGAAUUAGUAAAACGUAAAAAAGUUUUACCAGAUUUUAUAAUGGAACGCACGGAAUUGCAACACGAUUUACGAACUUAUUCACGCGUUUUUUAUCUAACUGAUUAUUACAAACAUAUUAUGUUACAAUUAUUCGAAAUGGCAACGAAUAGAUAUACAAGUCUACGAAUUCAUUCACAGGAACUUAUUUUUCAAGCUCUUCCAUUCUUUCCUUACUCCCGUAAAAUUUUCAUGCCACAUAUUCUCGACCUUUUAACCAAAGAUCCAGAUGAGUAUCAUGAAGCGCACAAGGGAUUACUGUUUUUACUUUUGGGACCUCGACCAAAUGCGAUGAUAAUAACGCGCAACUGGUCAUUCCUGCGAAGCCUUUGGCCAGCGCUCGUUGUCGCAAAACCAUCUGAGAAAAUGUCAAUAAUUCGCUUAAAAAGUGCUUCGUUAGACAUAAUCAGCAACGGAUUGUCAACAGUGGCAUUAAAACUUGAAGUACCCGACGAAUGCGUUAAAGUAGCCACUGAAUUAUGGAAUUACGCGCCAAAACCUUCAGUAGUUAGACCGGAUGACACUGAAAUAAAUGACGGACUCUGUGAGCUUAAAAAACAAGAAGCUGAUAAUUUUGAAAAUUACGAUAAUCUUAUGUGUGAUAUUUUAAAUGCGAUUCAAUCAAAUUGUCAUUGGCGACAGCGCGCAAUGGGAAUGCGAUUAAUAAAAGACAUUGCUCAUUUAGAUCGUCCAUAUCCACCAGAAGUUAUUAAUUUUUAUCUCAACGCUUUGAUACACGACUCAUUAGAGGAAAGAAAAAUUGCAACUUCUAUGAUCGCGUGUAUUUUGCGUCAACAAAAACGUAAACAUGUGAAGAUUACUAUCGACAUUCCUGAAGAGAAAGAAAGACCUGAAGACACUGAAUGCACCUGGGUUGGAAAAUUAAAACCAGGCUUGAGAGCUGACAACAAAUGGCUACAGUACAAUUACGAAUCACGUCCGUUGACUGAAGACCAGUGGAACAAAGACAGAUUUGUCCAUGAACGGUACGUUGGUUUUUAUACCAAAGCGAGUAAAGUUGAAGUUUAUGCCUCUCCGCCCAUGCAACCAAAUCUUGACCCGCAAAGUCAUGAGCUCACAGAAUCUGAACGACUGAUAGCAAAUUUUUUUGCUGAGCCUUCGAAUAUUGACAAGUUACUUAAAUUUAAUAGUAUUGAAGAGAGAAAGGGCAAAGAUAAAUUUAAUUUAACUCGCGCUCUAUUGUACAAAGGUAUAUUUAGUAAUUACGGUAUUCGUCAUAUGGAUUUAUUUAUUCCACAUUUAAAAUCGCUGGUUGAGCAGAAACAAGAGAGCAGCCAACGUUGCGCUGCUGAAAUAAUUGCCGGUAUGAUACGUGGAUCCAAACACUGGCCGUUCGACAUGAUUGUUAAAUUUUGGGAGCAACUUACGCCAAUAAUUAAAACAGCAUUGGACAAUGUCACUACUGAGACUAUUCAUGACUGGGAAUUUUGUUUUGCCGCGUCAUUGUCACAGCGUGAUCCAAAUAAACAUCACUGGAUACUCGAGUGCUUGAUGGAAGAGCCUAAAUUUGAAAGUUCAUCGUCUUUCAAUGAAUGCCAGCGCUUGUAUAUCUUGCAGUCAGCUUUAAAACAGCAGUCGUGGCGGGUUGUUGAGUUAAUGGAGCGGCUUUUAGUUAGAGUAGAAAAAAAACUACUGGCAAAUCCUUUCCAAAAUGUAAGAAAUACACUUGGCUCAUUGUUAAUGAUGAUAUUCAUGGCUGAUUACAAUGCCGGUACAUUCCAAGCAAAUCGUCCAACUCCACGUGCUCAAGAAUUGAUGGAUCGGGUUUUACCGAAAUUACUGGAGUUGGCUGAUGUUUUCGAGACUACUGGAAGCGAACAGACAACACUUAUGCGUGCCAAUGAUAUAAGUAUUUUAAAAAUAAUUUGUAAAUGGCUGAUAAAUUCUUCAUUAGUAAUGUCUAAUGGGAUAAUACCAGGCUGUGCUAAAUUACUACCAAUUUUAUGUCAACUUGAGAACUGUGAUACUGAUGACGAGUUGAGGGCAACAUGUACGCGUUCAUUGGCAUCUAUUGCUCAGGCUUUAACACUUCCUCGGGACAUAGAUGCAAUACUAGAUGCACUACUUGAUAUUUCCAAAGCUUCUUCGUGGUCUUCACGAGCCACUUGUCUCAGUUUUAUUGAAGUAUUUGUAUUUCAUAAUAUGGGAGUUAUUGUAAGUAAUCAAAGUUGGGUUGAACGGAUUCAAGAAAUUGUUUUGCGGCUUCUUGCUGAUGAAAGAUUAGAAGUCAGAGAGAAAGCUGGUCAAGUUUUGUGUGGAUUGCUUCAUUGUGCUUUUCUGGACGAACAGGAGGCUCUACUGAAUGAAUUCAAAGUUAAAUCAAAAAUAAAAAUUAAAAAUCCAAAUGAUCUUCGGAUAAGGCAUGCUGGUGUACUUGGUUUAUGCGCAUUUAUACGGGCUCAUCCGUAUGACGUACCGAAAUAUGUGCCUUCUAUUUUCGAAUAUCUCAAUAUGCGUCUCAAUGAUCCUCAACCUGUUCCAUCAACGAUAAGAAAAACUCUGGGUGAUUUUAAGCGAACACAUUACGACGGCUGGGCAUCGCAUGCACAAUCUUUCACCGAAGAACAAUUGUGUAUACUCCAAGAUCUUAUUGUUCCCCCAUCAUAUUAUGCGUAAAGAAAUAAAUAUUUUAUACAUAUCUAUAGAUUUAUUGUCAAAGUCUUUUUCAUAAAUUAAAAAGACCAAAUUAUAUUAUUGAUAAAUGCCGAUAAUAAAAACAAAAUAAACAAUAAAUAUAAAGAUACAUAAGUUAUAUGACAUAUACAUACAUACAUAUAUAUAUUUAAAGAAAAUCAAUUUAAUUGUGAAUGUAUGAUGGGUGUAUCCAUGAGUAUGUGGUUCCUGUAUAUUAUGUAGGUGUAAUAUAUACAUAUAUAAGCGUACACCGC